AUGUAACAGCCUCCAGUUGACAUCACUGCCAUGCUUUAAGAAAGAGAAAAAUAAAUUAAGAUGGGUAGAUAGUCCAAUAUGUAUAUUGGAAGGGACAAUAUAUUUAAAGAUAAAAAUUACAACACUCAAAAAGUAGGGUCCUCAAAUGAUGUUAGUUUCGAACAAUAGCAAAAUUAAUUAGUCAAUUAGAACUCAAGUGCCAAUUUGAAUAAUAAAAAUGCAGUAGAUCAAAAGGAGUUAAAAUCUAACUUAAGAGCUCACCAUUUUUAGUUAGGCUACAGAUAAAAUGAUGGGUAGUCUGAAUCGGAGAAGGAAAAGCAAUAUUAAAGUGAACUUGUAAAUUAGUAUAUGAGUGUUGGUAGAGCCUUAGAUUCACACCGUAAUUAGAUGAAAGAACUGAUGCACAAAAACAAAGACAGCUCUAUAGUAUUAGGGAACGAAAUACAAAGAAAUGCUAGUCAUAACAUUGAUAAAAAGCGUUACAGUACUAGCUAAUUUGUGAGCAAUGGCUUAGCUUAAAUGAGUUAAUCAGCAUAUGCUUUGGAUAAUCAAAUACAAUCAGCCAUCAGAGGUGACUCAUAACUUAAUAAGACCUAUGAUACCAGAAUGAUAGCUGAACUUAAAGAGGCAAAUAGUAAAAUUCAAGGCUUGCAUCCAAAUAAGCAAUCAAGUAUCAUGCUUGGUAAUCUAGAGCAAUCUCCAACUAAUUAGUGGGAGUCAACUAACAAGCAAAUUUAAAAUUAGGCAUUAGAUUUUAAGUACAACCCUAUCGGAAAGUAUGAGAAAACAGAACAAUAUCGCAAAACUUAGUUCCAAAUUGCUCAUGACUAGAUACUAAUGCAGAGGGACUUCGACAGAGAAAGAGAUAAAAUUGCAAAUAAAAAACCUUAAGAAAUUUUAACAUAGGGAGAAAGGGAUGCGAUAGUAAAUGAAAUGAAAAGUAAUGAUAAUUUCAUUCCGACAUAGUCAACUUAAAACCAAACAUUAAAAAGAGAUGUAUCACCUCCAAGGCAUGAGUUAUAAGCAAAUUUUGAAAAUAGAAAUUUAGUAAAAAACGUUCAGCUUGGUGAUGCAAGCCAACCUUAAAUUCCUUAAGACUCAGUUUACUUGAACUAUCAUAAUUCUUAGACGGGUAAAGUUGAUUCAAAGCUAAUAGCUGAAAACAAGGAAAAGACGAAAAUAUACAAAGAUAGAAUUUUAAACACACAAAUUAACCUUGGUGAUGAUGUUGAUACCAAGCCUAAAAACACUGUUGUAAGAGAGGACUAUACCAAAUAUGAUGAUAUUGAUAAGUCAUUCGAAGCUGCUUUGAAAAAGAAAGAAGAGAAUAAGCAAAUAGUAGAAAAGCAAACUAUAAAUGUAUUUCAGCAUCAAGGAUAUGAAAAUAUGAUUAUUGGCAAAUAAAACUAAUCAGUGGAUAAGUAUAAUGUGAAGAGGGAUGACAAUAAAGAUUUAUUUCACAAUUUAAAGAAGUCUAAUAUUCAUCUAGGAAGUGAGGCAAUUGUUAAAAAUUCUUAGAAUCGAUAGACAUAUGCUAGUAUGGAUACUAAGCAAAAUGUGAACUAAUAUAUUGAAAAGAAAAAGGAGUUUGAUAAGAUACAGCAAAAUAGUCGCUAAGGACAAGUUUUCUAAUCCACAAUGGACAAAAGCUAUUAGAGUGGAUCAGCCUAUAAGGAUUAAUAUAUAUGGAAAAAGCCUAAGUAUGAUAUUUGA